AUGGUCAAGCUCGACUACAACCGCGAUUACUAUGGCGAUCUCGAGCUGCCAGUAACAGCAGAUGAAAAUGAAGUCAAGAAGCAGUUCAGAAAGCUUGCACUGAAGUUUCACCCCGAUCGCAACCCGGGCAAAGAGGAUGAGGCGAAGGAGAAAUUCUUGAUUAUUCAGGCUGCCCAUGAGAUUCUCUCCGACCCAGUCACAAAAUCCAAGUUUGACGCCUACCGUCUCCGACAAAACAGGUAUCCAACAGCUUCUGGGUUGAGAGGCAAUCCAUGGCAGAACACGACGCAGGAUGUAAACCAAAAGUUUGGCGCUCCACCUAAACGUCCGCCGAUGCCAACACGUCCGACUCCAAGCACCGCAGGCUCUCGGUAUUGGGAUUGGACGCCGAAGCCAAAGACAAAGACGGAGAACUUCAAGGCAAACAUGGAAGCUUGGGACAGAUCGAGACCUCAGACUAAGACAAACCAACCCAGUGCUGGCGCUACCGCCUCCACAGCUCGCACGGCUGCUAAGUCUAGGGACCAACCAGCCCCGCGAACUGCAGCCCAGGCCCGGCGCCAGGAAGCAUCAUUCGGGACGAGGAGGACUGGUUUCACCCCAGCGUCACCGAUAGGAGAUGAACCUCCGGUGAGAAACCAACACUAUAAUGUCCAUACUAAUGCCACGCCUGGAGAGAAUGGAGCUCAAGCAAGCAAGCCUCGGCCGAUGUCUAGUUUUGUCGACCCUCUGAGUGCCAAAUUCAGCGAAACUUUUAUAGACAGUCGCCAGAGCACACCAUACGCCGCAAAUGUCGGAGAGAAGACGAACCCCUUCGAACCACUAAACGUCAACAGAGCGAAGAGCAUGAGGGAUAGCGGAAGGAAAUUUCAAGAUGGUGUGGAAGAAACGCCCCCAACACCUCCUCCUCGUCCGCGAAGUGCGAGCGUCGAUUCGGAUAACCUCAAGCGAUCAACGACCGAGAAGCCUACGUUCAAUGAGCCUAAACCGACCACUUUUCAAUCACGGGCACAUGCCCGGUAUAGUCCUCGCUUUGCCGAAACCAACUCGGCACCCGCGACUGCCACAUUCCCUGGUUCCAACGGUUCCGCCUCGUCUGUCGAUAGCAUCGCAAAUGCAACAGUGAAUGGUGGUGCUGCUCCAACACAGCCAGAGAAAGGUUCUAAUGUGUAUGAGUAUUCCGCUUUUUCCCAUCGUCAUAACCCCUCUGCUGGUUCUUCCUUCGGGCUCAGUUCCCAAGCACAACACUCGAACAGGCCUGUUGGUCAGGGCCCAAAUCGAGCUCAGAAUCUCAGCUUCCCCGCCUAUAUGGCGCAAGAUACCAGGCCAGCUCCUAGUGGACAGCGGCCAGUCGUGGGACCUAAUGCCCUCGAGAACCGCAUAGAUGCGCAGUUGCAGCUUCUCUUAGGCGGAAAGGGUCGCCAUUUUCACAAUCAACGUCAACCAGUCACCAGCACUGACGCCUUGACACCGGAAAACGCUGGACAUGAAACCAACAAAUACACUAACGCGGUUCACGCUGCUAGCUUCUCGAAUCCUGUCGGGAACGACACAACUUUGCCAGCCCAGCCGGCACGCUUUACCCGAAACAGUACUGAUAAUAUCAACACACGUUUCGUUGCGGAGGAAAAGGGCGGGACGAGCUUUCAAUUUAACGCAGGAUCCGAGUCGGCGACAGAGGACAGUUUCCUCCGCGCGAAGCACCGAGCCCGCGGGCAUCACUCGCCACUCAGGAACGAAUUCACGUCGUCCGGUGAAUCGUUUGUUGGUGUGUCGCCACAGAAGGCUCAGCAGAGCGAAGCCAGCAAAAAGCAGGGUGACUUUGUGGCUGAGGAGUGGAAGCAAGCGUUUGGGCCUCAUACUUUCGUACCCCCGCAGCCGGGCAAACCUUCAGUCUCACCCACGCGGCCUAUCCGGCCAAUGAAGAAGCCACGGCCGGUACGAAAGACUGCAGGUUCAGCAGGUUUGGUUGACGACGAAGAGACAAGCGGCGAGGACAGAACGGAGGGAAGUGCAUCACCAGGUGGUAUCAGUGGGGCUAAGAGCCCCAAUGCUAUGGACAUUGACCCGCCAGCCCCGGAGCCGUCGAUCCCACAAGCCAACGGCGCAAAGAUCAAUGUCGAACCGGCCAAGCCGGAGUGGCGUCCUGGUAACGUCAAUGGUCUUAACCCUAACCCCAAAUUGGGCGCUGGCUUGAACAUUCCAAAUUUGAACCCGAAUGCCGUCGGAUCUGAAGACAGCGAGGACUUUUUACGGCCAAUGUUCUCCGAAUUCAAGAAUGUCGAGCCUUUUGAUCAGAAGACAACUGGCCUUGGCUCAAUGGCCGAUCUUGGUUCCAACCUCCCCUUCCCGAGCAGGCCGUCGGCGAAAAUACCCAUUGCCAAUGAGCGCCCCAAGUCGCUAACAAUCCCGUCGCCGCCCGUCGCGCCUCGACCGCCUCCGGGCCUAAUGAUACCCGGCACGAAGCUCGGCGCACCGGCAUGGAUGACUUACGUGCGCGAGUUCGAGGCUUACAUGGCGGCGUGGUUCGACUACAACAAGAAGAUGACUGACCACUUUAGCGCCAGGCAAAGGGUCAACGAGACGAAAGGUACAGGAUGGGUGAAUAUGCUGGGCGAUGCGGGGAUGCAAGAGUACCUGCAAUCGCUGGAGAUGGACAGACCUGUGCGGCAGAAGUGGAUGAAGGCCUGCGAUACUCACGAGCUGCACUUUAAGGAGUUCCAGUCCCAUCGGGAGCGCAUGAUGCGCCAGUAG